CCUAGGCUUCCAGGAUCAUAGCAUGCUCGUAUGAUAGUGUGGCGGUUUCGUACUAUUUCGGCCGUCACGCCGGCCCGUGAUCCCGGUCCGAACAUUGGAGGGCACUCUGCUCCGAAGAUGGCGACGACCUUGUUAUUUAGGAGGGCAGGAGUGAUUGUUCGUGGGACAUGGUCACGUAUGUAUACCCCUCAUUCACCCUGGAUGAUCGACCGACUGACCCUUGACGGCUCGCUCUCAGACCACCCUCACCCCUAAGACCAUCACUAUGCCGACUGCGACGCCUCUGUUCAAAGCUCGUUCAGUGACAUCGCUGAUCGAUACUCGAGCUCGCGAGAAUCCUGAUGAUCCCGCCGUUCACACCGGUGCGGCCGAGUUUGGGGACGAGCUCCGGACUUUGACCUACUCUCAACUCGCUCGAGCUGUCGAUCGACUCGCCGCGCACUUCCACCCUCUGGCAAGGUCUUCCACAAUAUCAUCCACAUCCACAUCGGCAUCGGCAUCGGCAUCUGUACCCCCCGAACAAGUCAUCGCCGUACUCGUCUCCACAGCAAUAGACGAGACGCUCCUAGAAAUCGCACUCGCCAAACUAGGUCUCACCCCUCUCCUCUUAUCGGUUAAUAACUCUCCAGCGGCCGUAGCCCAUCUUAUUACGGUGACAAAGGCGACCCACUUGAUCUAUUCGCCCAGAUACCAGAAGACCGCGGAGAUUGCCAGGGAUGAGCUUGCUGCGAAGAAUAUCGCGGUGAAGAUUAUGCAGGAUACGAGGUUCCCACUUUGGGGUCCGGGCGGGGUGGAUGAUGCCAAGAUUGCGAGGUUUCCGGCGAGGUUGACACCGGAUGUGGAAAGUUCGAGGACGGCUGUCAUCUUGCAUUCGAGCGGGUCGACGGGAUUUCCGAAACCGGUAUACAUCACCCACUAUGGGCUUAUCGCCAACCUUCACCACGCUCUUGCGUUGCCCGGGUUCAGUGCGCUGCCGCUCUUCCACGGGUUUGGACACUUUAGCAUCUUUCGGUGCAUCUACCAUGCACAGCCUUUUACCCUUAUCCCCCCUCACCUGCCGUUGACCUCGGCCAACAUCUGUAGGGUCAUCAAAGAGUCUCCUUCUCCCCCUCGUCAACACUUUGCGGUUCCCUACGUUCUGAAGCUAUUGGCCGAGACGGAAGAGGGUAUCGAGACGUUGGCCGGGUUUGACGCCGUGUCGUUUGCCGGCGCUGCAGUCCCGGACGACCUUGGAGAUCGUCUAGUCGCAGCCGGAGUCAACCUUAUCAGCUACUGGGGAUUGACCGAGACUGGCGCCGUCCUCAAUUCCAAACGAGACUUUGCAAAAGACAAGGGAUGGAACUGGCUCAGAUCCGAGGGGUUGGCAGCGCAAUACCUCGAAGCGGAACCCCGGGGCGGGGAUACGUUCGAACUGGUCGUCAAGGACGGGUAUCCCCCGAAGAUUAUGAGCAAUCGAGAUGAUGGGUCUUAUGCCACCAAGGAUCUCUUCCUGAGACAUCCUACCGAGCCGAACUGGUACAAGUACAUCGGACGGCUGGACGACACAUUGACUCAGACGUUGGGUGAAAAGACGAAUCCCGUCCCGAUGGAGCUGGCUAUCAGAGGGAACUCUUCGCUCAUUCAAGAAUGCAUCGUGUUCGGAGACGGGCGCCCUCAGGUCGGCUGUCUCUUGCUUCCCUCGGACACGGCAGGUGAACUCUGGAAAGACCGAAAGGCCUUCUUGGACCGGGUGUGGCCCGUUAUCGACGACAUCAACGGGCGAUCACCCACUCAUAGCCGAAUCCUCCCGGAAAUGGUCGGAAUCUUGCCUCCUGGUACCGAGAUUCCUGUGGCCACCAAGAUGACCAUCUUGCGACCUGCUUGCUACAAGAAGUUCGCCGCGGAGAUCGAUGCGUUGUACUCUGGGUUUGAGAACGGCAUCGGACAGGCGAAGCGAGUGCUGGAAGAUCAGGGGGAGAUGCAGGUCUUUCUCAGAGACACCAUCACCAACGUCCUCGGCAACAAGGGAGAGGAUCUGGAGUCGAACACUGAUCUGUUCGCCUACGGUGUGGAUUCGCUUCAGGCUACACGCAUCCGGAACGUCAUCCAAAAGUCGAUCGAGCUUAACGGUCGGACUCUGGGACAAAACGUCGUGUACGAGCAUCCCUCGAUAAAAGCGUUGUCGACCUACUUGCUCGAGUUGAUGUCGGGAAUGGACCAGGACAAGAGCACCGCCAAGCAACAUCAGGUCAUGCUGGACAUGGUCGACAAGUGGUCGUCUCGACUGGUCGAGGAUAGGAGCGUGUACAAAAGUGUGGACGUCGCUUCAUCUGCUGGCGGCGAGGUCGUGCUCUUGACCGGUGCGACGGGAUCUCUAGGAGCGCACAUUCUAGACUGUCUCAUCCGGUCACCGUCUGUUCACAAGGUCAUCUGCCUUUCGAGGGCCAAAUCCCAUGACGAUUCUCUGUACCGCGUCCAAACUUCUCUGCGAGAGCGGAUGCGCCCGGCUACCUGUCUGGACAAGCUGGUCUCCUUUGCCGCAGACGUGAACAAGGCAGAUCUCGGUCUAAGCUCGGCCGAGUACGAAAUGUUACGCACCGAAGUCACCACGAUCAUUCACAACGCUUGGCCCGUCAACUUUGUCUUGUCAACCGAGUCCUUCGACGAGCAUGUCGGCGGGGCGGUCAACCUCCUCAACUUGGCUCUCAAGUCGCCCAAAGACAAGACACCUGCGUUCUACUUUUCAUCAUCGGUCGGUACUCGACAAGGCCGCUACGAGGCGUCUGUAUCGGAGGAUUUCCCCGAUAGUCCUGAAACUGCAGGACCGAUGGGUUAUGCCAGGUCGAAAUGGGUCGUCGAGAAGGUGUUGGAGAGAGCAGGGAAGUCGACCGAAGCGACUGUCGCAGUACUAAGGAUCGGGCAACUCGUGGGCGAUACGGAAAACGGCGUGUGGAACGAGACCGAGGCCUGGCCGUUGAUGUUCAGGUCGAUCGACACUGUUGGAGCCUUGCCAAUGCUUCAAGAGACCCUGAGCUGGUUACCUGUUGAUUUCGCUGGUCGAGCGAUUGUAGAGAUCGUCACUUCGUCCGACCAACCGAAGAGCGCCGUUUACCAUAUCGUCAACCCGAAUAUCACGGGUACCUGGAAGGACAUCAUCGACGGGUUGCGGAAGGCUGGCAAAACAUUCGACCUUGUCGACAGAUUUGAAUGGCUACGACGUUUAAGCCUAUCCGAGCCUGACGUAACGAAAAAUCCGACAUACAAGCUUCUCACAUUUUACACGAACCGUAUGGGCGACAAGAGCGAAAGGCCAGCCAUGGACUUUGUGGUAGAGCAGACUCGUCGAUCAGCCUCGACCAUAGGUCAGUGUCCGCCAUUGUCAGAGGCGCUGGCGGAACGGUGGACGAAGCACUGGCGCGAGACUGGUUUCCUAGCUUGAAGCGCCUCGUUCCCGACUUGAGACUCUGCCAGCUGUGGCCUAUCUACCAUCUACCUUACGAAUCAAGAUCAAGUUGUAUCGCUCUACAUGUGCUGGGAUGGACAUUAUUAUUGCAUCAUGAUGAUAUGCCGUACAUCUGCCGCUCAGCCAAGGGAUUGUCUCUGUCCUUCUUCCGAAUGGUCCGAGGUUCCCGGGGAGCCAACCCGGUUGGCAAGAGCAGAGCAGGCG